AUGGAGGCGGUGCGGGCUCAGCGGCUGCAGCCCGGGUUCUGGGGGUGCAAUUCUGAUUCUGGGGCUGCAGUUCCGAUUCUGGGGGUGCCAUUCCCUCGCUCCCCCCUCGGCCCCCGCUGCUGGUGCCCUGGGGGUGCGCGGGGCUCCCGGGGUGUCCCCAGCGUGGCCGUGUGUCCCCAGUUCUGUCCCACCAAGGCCGAGGCGCGCCGCAGCGCCGCCAAGAUCGCGCUGAUGAACUCCGUGUUCAACGAGCACCCCUCGCGCCGCAUCACCGACGACUUCAUCGAGAAGAGCGUCUCCGAGGCCCUGGCGUCCUUCAACGGCAACCGGGAGGAGGCCGAUAACCCCAACACCGGGAUCGGGGCCUUCCGCUUCAUGCUGGAGUCCAACAAGGGGAAAUCCAUGCUGGAGUUCCAGGAGCUGAUGACAGUUUUCCAGCUGCUGCACUGGAACGGGAGCCUGAAGGCCAUGAGGGAACGUCAGUGCUCACGCCAGGAAGUCCUGGCUCACUACUCCCACCGCGCUCUGGACGAUGACAUCCGAAACCAGAUGGCCCUGGACUGGGUGAACCGGGAGCAGAACAUUCCAGGCGCCCUUUCCCGGGAGCUGGCGGCCACCGAGCGCGAGCUGGACGAGGCCCGGCUGGCCGGGAAGGAGCUGAGGUUCCACAAGGAGAAGAAGGACAUCCUGCUGCUGGCAGCUGGCCAGCUGGGCUCAGCGCACUCCUCUGGCUGCUGAACCCCAAAAUCCCAACCCUUGGUUGAUCCCCAAAACCCUUUCCCCAAGUCCCGGGCCGUUUGCACAUUUAGAGGAAAUUUAGGGAAAAAAGCUCCUGAAUGGAUUUUGGCAAUUUUCAUCCUGGUUUUUAGAGCUUCUCCUCGUUCUUCCUUCAGAGCUCCUUAUUCCCCAGGGAAAUUUUUACACUCCUCUGGUUGCUGAACCCCGAAAUCCCACCUUGGUUGAUCCCCAAAACCCUUUCCCCAAAUCCCAGCCCGUUUGCACAUUUAGAAGAAGUUUAGGGGAAAAGCUCAUGAAUUUAGGGGAAAAGCUCCUGAAUGGAUUUUAGCAGUUUUAUCCUGGUUUUAGAGCUGCUUCUCAGCCUCCUCAUUCCUCCCUUGAGAACUCCUUAUUCCCUAGGGAACUUUUUGUUCCCUCAUAAUCCCUACAGAUUUUUUCUUGUCCCUUAUUUUCGGGGUUCAGAUCCCAGGUUUUGUCCUCUCAUCACUCCAUCAUUGCUGGAGCAGUUGGGAUUCCAUGGAAUCCAGUGUUUCCUCUGGAAAAACCCAUUGGAUCCCCUCCCUCCUGCAGCAGAAAGGGAUCAAUUAGAGCUCCUUGAUGAGCUCCUUAAUUAAAUGAGUGAGUGCCAAGGCGUGCAAUAUCCAGAUUUAAUUUUGGAAUUAAUACUGGGAUCAGACUGCAGCAUUUGGAAUUAAAUCUGGGAUCAGCCUGCAGAAUUCCAGGAUCUGCAGUUCCCCCAUGGAAUUGCCCUGUCUGGAGGCAAACAUCAGCAUUGGAAGGUUGGAAAAGUCUUGGAGAGUUUGUGGAUGAGGGAGGGAUUUGCACUAAUCAUUCCUUAUCCUUUGUAUCCAUAUGGAAUUUAGACUAUAUUUAGCUUUAAAACCCCUUUUAUGGCAUGGAAUUGUUCAAACAGCUCCGAGUCCACCCAAGAAAAUGUCAAUUUAUCCAUGGAAAUUUUCAUCUUACUCCCCUUUUCCCCAGCAGACUGGGAGUACAAACUGCAUUCCAAGCCAGAAUUCCUUUUUCACCCAGCUUAGAGCUUUUCCCACUUCUUAUUCCCUUAGACCCUGCAGAUUCCACUGUUCCCACCCUCCCUCUUCCCUCUGCCUGACCACAGGAUAUUCCAGCAAUAAUCAUUGUUUUAGGAUAAAAUUGGAAUAAUUCCAUUAUCUGUAGGUACCCCAUUUUUAUAUCCACAUCCUAACAAGCUUAUUUUGGGGGUUUAUAUAUUUUUUAUACUUUUUACAAACACUAAUAACGUUCAGUGUCGCUGGAAAUUGGAUUUUAAAAGGGAUGGGGGGGGGGGGGGGUUGUGGGGUGUAAUUUUCCUGAAAUAUUGGAAAAAUUUGAUUUAGGAAUAACAUAGAGUUAAUCCUGCAAUUUAUUUUACACCUAUGGGAAUCCCUGAAGCUCAUCCAGUUUUUUAUGCUCCAAAUAAAUCUGGGAGGACUUUAGGAGUUCCAUCACUGUGGAAUAAAAAAAAAAAUAAAAAUAAAAGGGAAAAAAAAACAUAUUCCAUUGCCUGUGGGAUCAAGGCGCCAGUUGGGAGGCUCCGGAUCUCCGUGGAAGGUGUAAAAUUAACAAAAUUCAGAUUUUCUCAGUAUGGGGAAAGUCGUGCUUCUUGUUGAGGCAGUGGAAUUAUGGGAUAAACACUACUGUGGAUUUUCUACAAUAAACCCAGCGAUUUUGGUAAA